ACCCGGUGAGAAAGUAGUCUAAUUGAAGAACCAGAGGGUGGAGGGUGGAGGCACAUCACAUUGGGGUGAUUGUGAGGCAAUAGACGACGGAGAAGACCGCGCGAAACACGGGCAGAGCGUCACCGGCGUAUCCACAAAUCGCGGCUCCUAUCCCUGCCGUGGCUAUCAUGACGCUCAUGUAGUGUCUCUUAAACUGCGUGUCCAAACACAAACCACAACCACGCUUUCCGUAAUCUCAUUUCUCUGCCCUCGCCUUGGUAUUCAAUGGAUUUGAGGAGGCUCCCUUUUUCCAAACCCACACCUAUCUUCUACCCCGUCACGCGCCCCUUAACCUGCGUGACCUCCACCUCCCACCACCACCAGGACCAACCUCCUCAGCCUCAGCCUCCGCCGCCAUUACAGCUCCAGAGCCAUCCACAGCCUUCCAACCAGAGUUUACACAACUGGGUAUCUUCUAUUCUCUCAAAACCAUCUCUAGAUUCUUCUAAGUGUAAAGAACUCAUGCCCCAUUUGUCUCCUUUCGACUUUGAUAGGAUUCUCUUCUCUGUUAAAUCCAAUGUGAACCCCAAAACCGCUUUGAAUUUCAUUUAUUUUGCGUCUGAAGCUUUUAAGUUUCGGUUUACUGUGAGAUCUUAUUGCCUUUUGAUUCGUUUGCUUAUUGUAUCGAACAUGGUUUCUCCUGCAAGAUUGCUUUUGAUCCGUUUGCUUGAUGGGAAAGUGCCUGUUUUAUAUGCCAACCCCAAGAACCGGCAUAUUGAGAUUGCCAUUGUGAUGGCAGAUUUGAAUUCGGCAUCUGAGCGGGUUCUUGGGGUUCAGGCAUUGGAUUUAUUGGUACAUGUUUGCUGCACCCAAUUUAAGAAUCUGGGUUUAGGUUUUGCUAUAGAUGUGUUUCAGUUAUUGGCGUGUAAGGGUAUGUUUCCCUCUCUGAAGACUUGCAAUUUUUUGUUGAGUUCUUUGGUGAAUACAAAUCAGCUUCAGAAGAGUUAUGAAGUGUUUGAAGUGAUGUUUCGAGGGGUUUCUCCGGAUGUUUACUUGUUUAGUACUGCAAUUAAUGCGUUUUGUAAGGGAGGGAAGGUUGAAGAUGCUAUUGGGUUGUUCUUGAAAAUGGAAGGGUUGGGUAUUGCUCCAAAUGUUGUUACAUACAAUAAUAUCAUUCAUGGGCUAUGCAAGAGCAGGAGAUUAGAUGAGGCAUUGCAGUUCAAAGAGAGGAUGGUAAGGAACAAUGUGAACCCAAGUCUUAUAACAUUCAGUGUACUAAUUAAUGGUUUUAUUAGACUCGAGAAAUUUGAUGAAGCAAAUUGCAUAUUGAAGGAAAUGUUGUACAAGGGGUUUGUCCCUAAUGAGGUUGUAUAUAACACAUUGAUUGGCGGGUAUUGUAAAACCGGAAAUAUUAGUCAGGCCCUGAAAAUAAGGGAUGAUAUGGUAUCCAAGGGGCUAACUCCUAAUUCAGUGACUCUCAAUUCUCUUAUAAUGGGGUUUUGCAAUAAUAAUGAUAUUGAACGUGCUGAGUAUGUUUUAGAGGAGAUGUUAUUGAGACAGUUAUCUAUUAGCCAGGAGGCUUAUACUUCAGUCAUUCAUGGGUUAUGUAUGAGGUCUAGGUUUGAUUCUGCACUAAUAUUCAUCAAGGAGAUGCUUUCAAGAAAUUCUCGACCCAGUGAUGGGUUGCUGACCACAUUGGUUGUUAGACUUUGUAAGGAUAGAAAACACUCAGAGGCAGUUAAACUUUGGUUUGGGCUAUUGAAUAAAGGUUUUCCAGCCAAUAUAGUGACCUCAAAUGCUCUAAUUCAUGGACUUUGUGAAGCAGGCAACAUGGAAGAAGCUGUUAGGCUACUUGAAGAGAUGCUAGAGAGGGGUUUGGUACUGGAUAGGAUUACAUACAACACACUCAUUUUGGGGUGUUGCAAAAAGGGAAAAGUGGAGGAGGCUUUUAAGUUAAGGGAAGAGAUGACUAAGCGAGGAAUUCAACCAGACACCUAUACUUACAAUAUGCUAAUACAUGGGUUGUGUAAUAUGGGUAAAGUGGAUGAUGCUGUUGAGCUUUGGGAUGAGUGCAAGAGAAAUGGUAUGGUUCCUAACGUUUAUACAUAUGGGGUGAUGAUAGAUGGAUAUUGUAAAGCUAACAGAAUUGAAGAGGGUGAAAAACUAUUCAACGAGUUGCUUACUAAGAAAGUAGAGCUAAAUUCUGUUGUUUAUAACACACUAAUCAGAUCGUACUGUAGAAAUGGGAAUAUGAUGGCAGCUUUUAAGCUUCAUGAUGACAUGAAAAGCAAGGGCAUUCCACGAACUUGUAACACAUAUUCUUCUCUAAUACAUGGAUUGUGCAAUACUGGCCGUGUUGAGGAUGCAAAAGACCUUCUCGUUGAAAUGAGAAAGGAGGGUUUGUUGCCGAAUGUCAUUUGUUAUACCGCACUAAUUGGCGGUUAUUGUAAGCUAGGCCAGAUGGAUAAUGUUCAAAGUGUCUUGCUGGAAAUGUCUUCAUGUCACAUACGUCCUAAUAAAAUUACCUACACUGUUAUGAUUGAUGGGUAUUGUAAAUUGGGUAAUAUGAAAGAAGCGAUUAAGCUUCUACAUGAGAUGGCAGAAAGUGGAAUUCUCCCUGAUGCUGUCACUUACAAUGCCUUGACAAAUGGGUUUUGCAAAGACAACAAGAUAGAUCAAGCAUUUGAAGUAUGCAAUCAAAUGUCCGAUGGAGGACUCUCUUUAGAUGAAAUUACAUAUACUACAUUGAUUCAUGGCUGGCAUCAGCCCUCAACCAUUGCCAAUCAAGACUGAUCAGGAAUUCUAGAGUGAAGCUGAUUGUAGACUGUGGAUAGUCCUUGCUAACCUUCUCUUCCAGAUUCAAGUAGGAUCUUGGAACCUUAGAGGUAGGCUUUGCUGUAACAGAUUUCAGGUAGCUGCUUGUGGACCAUGGGAUGGCACCGGCUCAUUGAUUAUCCUUUCAGUCAGGGGUUUGGUGUAAGGAUACACUCUAGCCAGACAGUGGCCUCCAGGUGGAACUUAAAUAUGAGAAGCUUGAUGUCCUCAUGCACCUGGAUGAUCUGCCUAUGAUAUUCCUUUCUUAUCCAGAGGUAGUCCAAGGCUUAUGAAGAUUAUUUGUAAAGGUGUUAUGCACAUGGGGUCGGAGUUCAAUUGGAAGUGUAUACUGCUCAUGAAUUGAACAGG